AUGAGCUCCUCCACCGUAUCAGUGUCGGCUCCGACGCCGACACAACAACACCCCUUCCAGCGGAAGAUUGAUGAGAUCAAGCCUUCGAAGCCAGACAUUGACUUCCUUGUAAUGGACUACCUCAUUAGCCAUGGAUAUCCACGCACGGCCGCAAAGUUUGCGAAAGAAGCUGGCGUGCCUACGCACCUCCUCGAGGAAGAAUCGAUUGAGGCUCGCGUAGAGAUCAGGCACGCCAUACACAAAGGCGACAUUGAUACAGCCAUCAAUAAAAUCAACGAUUUGGAUCCACAGAUCCUCGAUAAAGAUCCUGCAUUGCACUUCGCACUCCUGCGACUGCAGUUGAUCGAACUCAUCCGAAACUGCACAUCAGCACCCAACUCUGACAUCACGCCCGCUAUCAAUUUUGCUUCCUCUCAACUCGCGCCGCGCGCAGCCACCAACGAGAACUUCCUGAAAGAUCUCGAGCUCACCAUGACGCUCAUCAUCUUUCUGCCCUCGAACGACCUCCAACCCCAACUGGCAGAGCUUCUCAAGCCUGAGCUACGACAGCAAGUUGCCGCCAAAGUCAACGAAGCUAUCCUUACAAGUAUGGGCGCCCGAGGCGAGGCAAGGAUAUACGGCCUCUAUCGAGCACGGCAGUGGAGUGAAACCAGGGCACGGGAAGCAGGCAAAGACCUGCCACCGAGCUUGCCGCUCGGUCUGGAGCCCAGCCCGGUACACGCCAACGGACAUGGUGACGCUGCAGACGUUAUGGUCCAAUAG